AUGAAUUGUGGGUGUAGCAGUAGCUUAACCACAGAUGCCUAUAGCAUCGUUUUAGGCCUUAGCAAGAAAAAUGGAAAACUGGUGUUUCUGGGCUUGGACAAUGCAGGGAAGACUACUCUUCUUCACAUGUUAAAAGACGACAGAAUGGCACAACAUGUGCCCACCUUGCAUCCAACAUCCGAGGAAUUGACUUUGGGAGGCAUACGGUUCACAACUUUCGACCUCGGCGGGCACGCUCAGGCUCGUCGUGUCUGGAAAGACUACUUCCCUGCUGUAGAUGCCAUAGUGUUUCUGGUAGACUGUGCCGAUGUUGAGCGUAUUCCAGAGAGUAGAACUGAACUUGAGUCGCUCAUAAGAGAUGAACAGGUAGCAGGAGCUCCUAUUUUGAUUCUUGGAAACAAAAUCGAUAAAUCGACUGCUCUGAGCGAGGAACAGUUGAAAUGGCAUCUUGGAAUUCAACACAUGUGUACGGGAAAAGGCGAAGUGGCCCGCUCGGAUUUGACAUCGCGGCCGCUGGAAGUUUUUAUGUGUUCUGUAUUGCGACGACAGGGAUAUGGCGAAGGUUUCCGCUGGCUUUCGCAGUACCUCGAUUGA